UUGCUCGAAUUCGCUACUACUAAUUCCUUUCAUCAGGGUCUUUCAGUCUAAGAAUGGAAGGGAAAGAGCAAAAGAAGACGAAAAUGAAGAUAGCAGUUGGACCGUGGGGAGGUAGUGGUGGAACUAGCUGGGAUGAUGGAUGUUUUAGCGGUGUAAGAGAAAUUAAGCUAGUCUAUGAUCGAUGUAUCGAUUCAAUUACUGUGGUGUAUGACAAGAAUGGUAAACCUGUUAAGUCAGAGAAACAUGGAGGCAAUGGAGGAAGCAUAACUGUCGAGAUUAAGCUGAAUUAUCCAGAGGAGUAUUUGAUCAGUGUAAGCGGCCAUUACUCUUCAUUAGUACAAGGGAUGCCUCCGGUUAUUAGAUCGUUAAUGUUUAAGAGCAAUCUGAGAACCUUUGGACCGUUUGGCAUACAAGAUGGAACCCCGUUUUACUUCCCAAUGGAGGGUGGAAGAAUCAUUGGCUUCAAAGGGAGAAGUGGUUGGUAUCUUGAUUCCAUUGGGUUUUAUCUGUCUCGAGCUCAAUCGAACACAAUAAAGAAGAAAGUUCAACAUUGGCUUCAGAAAUCCUUGGAACCAAAAAGCAGUAAACAAAGUCAUCAUAUUCUGAAAGCAGCUAAGUAAUGCCUGUCGAAUUGUCGAAAGCAGGAUAAACCAACAAAGUAAAGAGAUGUUGCACUUUAAAUGGUGGUGUUUCCAUGUUUGUUUAGGAUUCCAAAGAUUAUUUGUGUACUAAUUAGUAUACUCAUCAGAUCUAACUAGCUUAGUAAUGCAGAAAAAAAAUAUGUUAAAAGAUAGUUAUGAGUAGUAGUUUCUGUAUAAUUUGCAUCUUUAAGUUACUAACAUAAUUUAAUUUCUCCAAACAAAUUAAAGCUAAUAUGCACAAAACCAAUUUCUGUU